AAAUUAUUAUAGAUUUGCAGGCGGCGUUUUGAAUGAUUUUGUUAAUUUGGCCGAUUUUCGAUAAUUUUUAGAUGUUUAUAUUCGGGUGAUUCCCCGUUUUACAAAUGCCCAUAAGGUACUUAUGAAAGUCUUUUUGUGGAUACAGGAAUAGUACAAAUAAAUCGUUUUCAUUUAUUACCAAUAUACAAACUAUUCAGUGAAUUAAUUUCAGUUCCUAAUUAAAAACACAGUAUUUUGAACAGUUUCAUACAUUAACAAAGUGUGUCUUUUUGUCAAAGCAAAAACCCACAGAUCACCCUUUUAAAGUUGAAGUUGAGGGCUUUGUUACAUGACACUUUAAAAGUUUAAAUUUAAUUUAAACACAAGCAGUUAAGUUCUUAAUUAGACCGAUAGUAUUAUCAUAAUUGAAACAUUUGUGAAAUAGAAAGUCCCAGAACUAAGUGAAGGUUUAAUUUGCUCGAAAACAAUGUGGUUAAAAACUGGUCUAAAAUAUGCUUGUGUUUUUCUUGUAAGGCUUAAUAACACUAACAAUAAAAUUACAAUAGGCUUACCAAGCGUGUGUCGGUAUAUUGGAAAUGUUAGGUUUAAUGAUAAAACUGUAAUUUCUAGGACGUAUUUAUCUUUCGGUUCCAAUUUUAAAAGUCAGUACUCAAUACCUCGUUUAUGGCUUAGAAACAAUCUCAUUCAUUUUAAGCCAGGCAGUAGUACUUACGGUCGUAACUUUGGUGUACAAAAGUUUACACCUGUUUUAUUUCCAGCAUUACAUUUACAGCCUUAUCGAGACAUCCACACUUGUGGAAUAUUGUUUGGAGAAGAAGAAGAGCAAGUGAAAGAAGGAGAUGUAGAAACAGCUUCUAGUGAAGAUACUGAAAAUGAUCCCAAGGAUCGAAGGAAAGUCAUACCUCCAGAAACGAGUAAACGUUACCUGAAGAGUAAAGCUUAUGCAGAAACUUAUGGUUCUGAACCAGUUUGGACUCGCUACAGAAGGAAUUUCAAAGGACAGUACCCUCCUCGUAAAACAAGAAAAACAUGUAUUCGAAGUGGAAAAAUCAGUACAGGGAACCCUUGCCCGAUAUGUCGAGAUGAAUAUCUUGUGCUUCAUCAUACGAACACAGAACUACUUGAACAGUUUGUCUCACCCCACACAGGUCAAGUUUAUGAUGCAAAUAAGACAGGUCUUUGUCAGAAAAAGCAAAAGGAGUUGAUUGUGGCAGUGGAGAAAGCAAAAGAUUGGGGGUUGAUCACAUUUGAUGUUCCUUUCCGAGAAUACGACUACAGUGAAUAUUAUCCAGACAUACAAGACAGUAAAACAGCAUAAUUGUUGUCUGUUAAUAGCCAUAGUUAAAACUAACUUUGGAUGUCUAACAUGAUACUUGGGGAGCAUUGCCGAGUUUUUUCUUUACUAUUGUAAAAUGUGAAGGAGAAUUAACAAGUUUUUCAUUUCAUCGUACCUUCCUCACUCCCAAUUUAUCAUAUAAUAAGUCUGGUUUAUUAGAUUCCAUAGAUUUGUUUUGUAAAUUAUAAUAUUCUGUAGAAUUGUCUGAUUGUAAAGGUCUUAACAAUAAAGAUGAAGUAAAAUUA